GAGAGCCGGCGCCUGCCGGGAGACUUGAGGGCGGCGGUCCCGGCCCCCUCGGGGGCCGCCCGGCGCCGGCUCCCCCUCCUCCUCGUCCUCCCCGCGGCGGGCGUCUGUCGGGGCCGGGCGGAUCGUGCCGCCGCGCGGACCGGACGCGGCCCGGGGCAGGCCGGGGGGCAGCACCCCUCACCCCUGGUGUGGCGCCCGCAGACGCAGCCCGGGCGGGCGGCCGCCUGCGGACAAGCCUGGGGCGCGGGCCGGGCCCCCCCCCCGCGAGGCGAGUCAUCUGCUGGAGGGCCGCCCCCGCACGGGGCCGCGGGGAUCAGGGCGUCCCGGGGUCCGCGGGGGGCAGGGCUGGCGGCCCGCACGCCCCCGCUCCCCGCACCCGCGCCCGCGCCCAUGGCUGCGCCCGGGGCCCCGCGGCGGCUGCACCGGCUGGUGCAGGAAGGCCGGCUGUGCGCCCUGCGGGAGGAGCUGCGGGGAGCCGGGCGCGCGGGCUGCGCGGGGCCGGCCGGGGACACCCUCCUGCACUGCGCCGCCCGCCACGGGCACCGGGACGUGCUGGCCUAUCUGGUCGAGACCUGGGACAUGGACAUCGAGGCCGCCGACCGAGACUACAAACGGCCGCUGCACGAGGCCGCCUCGCAGGGCCACCGGGACUGCGUGCUCUACCUGCUGGGCAGAGGAGCCGCGGUGGACUGCCUCAAGAAAGCCGACUGGACUCCUUUGAUGAUGGCCUGCACAAGGAAGAAUCUGGAGGUGAUCCAGGACCUCGUGGAACAUGGCGCCAACCCACUUCUGAAGAACAAAGAUGGCUGGAACAGUCUCCACAUUGCCAGCCGAGAGGGCGACCCUCUGAUCCUCCAGUACCUGCUCUCCGUGUGCCCCACCGCCUGGGAGACGGAGAGCAAAAUCGGGAGAACGCCGCUGCACACGGCAGCGAUGCAUGGCUGUUUAGACGCGGUGAAGGUGCUUCUCCAGAGGUGCCUAUACGAAGCCGACCGUGCGGACAGGUGCGGCUGCACCCCCUUCAUGGACGCGGUUCAGUGCGGCCACACGGCCGUGGCCAGGCUGCUGCUCCAACAGCACAAGGCUUGCUGGGCCACGCGGGAUGCCUUGGGGAUGCAGGCCAUCCACAGGGCAGCCGUCACCGGGCAGAACGAGGCCCUCCGCUUCCUGGUGUCCGAGCUGGGCGCCGAUGUGGACGCCAGGGCCGUACCCAGCCGCCUGACGCCGCUGCAUUUCGCCGCCAAGGAAGGACACGUGAGCACAGUCCAGGAGCUCCUGUCCUUGGGUGCCGACAUCAACUCCAGAGACGAAAGGAAGCGAUCAGCCCUGCACCUGGCCUGUGCCGGCCAGCACGCAGCCUGUGUCCGGCUCCUGCUGCAGUCCGGGCUGAGCGACUCUCCCGACGCCUCGGGUGCCCUGGCUCGGCAGCUGGCUCGCCGCACGGACGUCCUCCAGUGCUUCGACCACUGCCCUGAGACCUGACAGUGCUUCUGAGCGAGGACGACAGGCGUGGUGACCACGUCCUGCUGCUGCCGUCGUCAGGAUCCCCAGCCAGCGGGCCGUGAGGACGCCGGCUCCCGAGCCCGGUGACCCGCACGCAGAGACUUUUCGUGACCCAGAUUCGGCUUUUUCUGCCCUUUGAGGAGAGUUAGGGGAUGUUCUUAGAGUCGGUGUCUAGAGCCCUCCGGGAAGCAGGUGGCCCGUGUGACUGUAACACAGUAUGAGUUCACGUAACUAUGUCAUGUGUUUUGGGAGUAAUGUCGAGGGGGGCGGCAAGGGCGAGGAUGUCAACAGUACAAGGGCCGGAAGCUUAGCUGGCCUGCUGCGUCCUGCCUUCCUUCCUCGCUUCUUGGUUCAUUACAGUGGUUUCGCUCUGGUUUUGUAGCCUGAAAGGGACGCCUGCCCAGACAUACGCAAGGAAAUAAAGGAAAUAUUUGUACUUUCUAA